AUGCGAAGUCAUAGUCCGCCAUUGGAGACAGAAAAUGGUGAAGUUGCAGAAAAGGGCAUGGAUAACGAAGGGAGGUAUGGAAUCGAAGUUCGUCGAUUCAAUAUUCCUGUGAAGAUCUGUCCUAAAAAUACAAGGCUCAAGAAAUUGCAAUCUAGCAGAAACACCGAGUCAAAAGGUUAUCCAUGUUUGAUUGAGGGAUGCACGUCAAUUUUGAAGACACGCACCGCUCUACGGAAGCACGCGAAAGUCCACGCAGUGCGAAACAUCUCUUGCGAGCGCUGCGGAAAAUCUUUCGUAGAGCGAACGAAGCUCAACCGGCACAUGCUGACACAUACAGGCGAAAGGUCUUUCCGGGUAUGA